CUACAUCUCUUCUUCCCACUUCUCAGUCUCCCAUUUCUCUCUGGAAAUGAGGCAUCGUUUCCAGCUAACGCUAAUCCUUGGUGGAGAUUCAUGGUUACGUUUACUCGCACGAAACUUCAUGUUAAUGUAGGAACGAUUGGGCAUGUUGAUCAUGGGAAGACCACACUAACUGCAGCUAUAACCAAGGUGUUGGCAGAUGAAGGUAAAGCCAAGGCUGUGGCCUUUGAUGAAAUUGACAAGGCCCCUGAGGAGAAGAAGAGAGGAAUUACAAUCGCAACUGCUCAUGUAGAGUAUGAGACAGUGAAACGUCAUUAUGCUCAUGUAGACUAUCCCGGACAUGCUGAUUACGUUAAAAAUAUGAUCACUGGUGCUGCUCAAAUGGAUGGUGGUAUUCUGGUUGUGUCUGCACCUGAUGGGUCUAUGCCGCAGACUAAGGAACAUAUUCUACUUGCUCGACAGGUUGGUGUGCCUUCUCUUGUGUGUUUCCUGAAUAAAGUUGACGCUGUUGAUGAUCCAGAGCUUUUGGAGCUUGUGGAGAUGGAGCUUCGUCAGCUGCUUAGCUUCUACAAGUUUCCUGGGGAUGAAAUACCUAUCAUUCGGGGAUCAGCAUUGUCUGCUUUACAGGAUACAAAUGAGGAAAUAGGCAAAAUUGCAAUUUUGAAACUAAUGGAGGCUGUAGAUCAGUACAUUCCUGACCCUGUGCGCCAACUUGACAAACCUUUCCUGAUGCCAAUUGAAGAUGUUUUCUCAAUUCAGGGACGUGAAACUGUUGCAACUGGUCGUGUUGAAGCAGGGAACAUUAAAGUUGGUGAAGAAGUUGAAAUUUUGGGGUUAAGACAGUUACUGUGGUUGAGAUGUUCAAGAAGAUCUUGGAUUAAGGACAGGUAAGUGAACUGUUAUAGAUUCUUCUACAUUUGGUGUUGAUUUUUAUAUUUAUGCGUGUGAGAAUGUUGGACUUGCACGUUGGAAUUCUUCUUACUGCUAGGCUGGUGACAUGUCGGACUUCUUCUUCGUGGCCUAAAAAGAGAGGAUGUGCAACGUGGAAUGGUAAUUGCCAAACCUGGAAGCUUGAAGACAUACAAAAGGUUUGAGGCAGAGAUAUACGUCGUCACGAAAGAUGAAGGUGGACGCCAUACAGCCUUUGAAUCAAAUUACAGGCCUCAGUUUUAUCAGAGGACGGUAGAUGUCACUGGAAAAGUGGAAUUACCCGAAAGUGUUAAGAUGGUUCUGCCAGGAGACAAUGUCACUGCAACUUUUGAGCCGAUCUCACCCACGCCUCUUGAAGCAGGACAGGUUUGCCUUGAGGGAAGGAGGUAGAACUGUUGGUGCGGGUGUAGUAGUAUCGAAAGUACUGAACUAAGAAGCUCCCGUUCCGGUUUAUUACUGGUUCUUUCCAUCAUAUUGAUUGCAGAAUGGAGAAUUAGGUAGAGCAAUCAGUUGGAAAUAUCCUGUGUUGUAGAAUUACUGAAAAGAUUGUUAGAUACGAAAUGCGGGGUGUUACUGAAAUUAUUUUCAUUCAAUUUCCGGUGGUUCGUA